AUGGUAAGUCAUGAUAUAAUCAAACUGGAGAAGAUGCGUAUAGUAUACUUGCAAAAUCUUAUACGAUUAUCGAGACAACGACUCAAAAAUUUCCGCUGGGGAACCUUCAGCAAUGCCGAGAGCCUUUGCAGGAAUUUUGGAGCACAUUUGACCUCAAUCCAUAGUGCUGAUGAGAAUCAUUUUGUAGCCGAAUUGGCAGAGACGGGACUUGAAUUUCCUUCCAAUGAGGCACAUGAACGUGCGACGUGGAUAGGUUUGAGACGGGCUGACGACUCAAAAGGGGAUUGGCUUUGGACAGACGGGACAAAAGUUGACUUUUUAGCGUGGAGCCCGAAUGAACCGAAUGACUCGAGUGGAAAUGAACGCUGUGUGGAGGUACACUUCAUCAGUUAUACAAGUAAACUCAAAGUCAACGCAAGUAAUGUUUUUCGGAGUGAGAACUGUAUGCCAAACCUACGCAGUUCAUGCAACGUUAGAAUUGCUGGUAUCUAA